AUGCAUUUACAACAGGUACUUCUAGUUAGGCCAAGUUCAGUCACAGCUGCUGAUUUGGACUAAAACGUUAUGGGCAGCAGCCAAGGAGAACAUCAUCAAAGACUUCUCUAGACUCAAGAGGCUUCCACGUUCUACAUCUUGAGCAUCUUCUACCACUCCGAAUUGAACCAGUCUUCAAAGUAAAGGCAAUGGCAUUUUAUCCCUUGCAAAUUGCUGGGCUGGUUCUUGGGUUCCUUGGCAUGGUGGGGACUCUUGCCACAACCCUUCUGCCUCAGUGGAGAGUAUCAGCUUUUGUUGGCAGCAACAUUAUUGUCUUUGAGAGGCUCUGGGAAGGGCUCUGGAUGAACUGCAUCCGACAAGCCAGGGUCCGGUUGCAAUGCAAGGUCUAUAGCUCCUUGUUGGCUCUCCCGCCUGCCCUGGAAACAGCCCGGGCCCUUAUGUGUGUGGCUGUUGCUCUCUCCUUGAUCGCCCUGCUUAUUGGCAUCUGUGGCAUGAAGCAGGUCCAGUGCACAGGCUCUAACGAGAGGGCCAAAGCAUACCUUCUGGGAACUUCAGGAGUCCUCUUCAUCCUGACGGGCAUCUUCGUUCUGAUUCCGGUGAGCUGGACAGCCAAUAUAAUCAUCAGAGAUUUCUACAACCCAGCCAUCCACAUAGGUCAGAAACGAGAGCUGGGAGCAGCACUUUUCCUUGGCUGGGCAAGCGCUGCUGUCCUCUUCAUUGGAGGGGGUCUGCUUUGUGGAUUUUGCUGCUGCAACAGAAAGAAGCAAGCGUACAGAUAUCCAGUGCCUGGCUACUGUGUGCCACACACAGAUAAGCGAAGAAACACGACAAUGCUUAGUAAGACCUCCACCAGUUAUGUCUAAUGCCUCCUUUUGGCUCCAAGUAUGGACUAUGGUCAAUGUUUUUUAUAAAGUCCUGCUAGAAACUGUAAGUAUGUGAGGCAGGAGAACUUGCUUUAUGUCUAGAUUUAAAUUGAUAUGAAAGUUUCAAUUUGUUACUGGUGGUAGGAAUGAAAAUGACUUACUUGGAUAUUCUGACUUCAGGUGUAUUAAAUGCAUUGACUAUUGUUGGACUCAAUCGCUGCUCCAAUUUUCAUAUUCUAAAUUCAAGUAUACCCAUAAUCAUUAGCAAGUAUACAAUGAUGGACUACUACUUUUUGACCAUCAUAUAUUAUCUGAUAAUCUAAAGUUGAAAUUGAUAUUCUAUAACAAUAAAACAUAUACCUAUUCUAAAA